UUUGUCAAAUUAGAAUCGUUGAAUUGUACAACUGCUUCAACACUCAUUGUUUAAUUAAUUAAAAAUAAUUAUAAAAUUAAUGUUCCAAUUUGAAUCUAACUUAUUUGUUAGUGUCAUAUAAUAGAUUUAUUUUUAAAAUUCAAAAUCGCACGAACGGAAAUAGCAAGUUAAGAAAAAAGAAUCUAUAACUCCUGGACUAUAUAGAUAAAGAAUUGAAUCUUAUUAAAAAACGUGAGUUUUACGGAUAUUGUCAGUAAAAGAGAUUAGGAUUAUAGUAUCAUUAGUACUGGUGAAAAUAAGAUAUAAGCAAAAUUAUAAAUACAUGGCUGCAAUAGAUUUUAAUACACUCAACGAUGAAAAUGUAACCAAAUUUUUUCAUUCUUUUGACACCGUACUUACUGAUUGUGAUGGUGUACUUUGGAUGUACAUGAAUCCUUUGCCAAAUGCAGCGGAAGUGAUGAAUGCUUUUCGUUCUCUUGGUAAAAGAGUCUUUUAUGUAACUAAUAAUAGUACAAAGACUAGAGAAGAAUUUGUAAACAAAUGUAAAAUUUUAAAUUUCAAAGUAUCGAAAGAAGAGAUUUUGUGUACUGCAAAUCUGUCUGCAUGUUAUUUGCAAGAUUUAGGUUUUAAUAAGAAAGUAUAUAUCAUAGGAUCUGAAGCAAUAGGAAAAGAAUUGGAAGAAGUUGGUAUUUCACACAUUGGUGUAGGACCAGAUCCUGUUAAUAAAAAUGGUCCAUAUACUACAUUUAUCAAGGAUCCUGAUGUAGGAGCAGUUAUAGUCGGUUUUGAUGAGCACUUUAAUUAUCCUAAGAUGGUAAAAGCAGCCUCAUAUUUAAGCGAUCCUGAUGUACAUUUCAUUGCUACAAAUACAGACGAAAGAUUUCCUGUUGCUAAUAAUGUUGUUAUACCUGGUACUGGAAGUUUGGUGCGAUGUAUAGAAAGUUGUGCAGAAAGGAAAGCUGUUGUAAUGGGAAAACCAGAGCCCUAUCUAGCAGAUGUACUUAUGAAACGGUUUCAAGUAGAUCCUAAACGAACAUUGAUGAUUGGAGAUAGACAUAAUACAGAUAUAUUAUUAGGACGUCGUUGUGGCUUUAAGACAUUGCUGGUUUUAACAGGAAUAACUAGUUUAGAAGAUGUGAAUAGGUGGAAACAAUCAGAGUGUUCAGAAGAAAAAGAUUUCAUUCCUGAUUACUAUAUUGAAUCAAUUGGGGAUCUGCUACCUCAUUUAGAAAAAUUUAAGAAUAAAUCUGCAAUGUAAUAUUAAAUAUAGAUAACAUUGUUUUCUAUAAAACUGCACACUAGUUUGAUAGUGUGAUUAAAAUAUUAUUACUUAAAAUAGUUGUAUUUAUUGAAAAUAUAUAUACAACUGCAUAUA